GUGGGUCUGUCAGUCCGGAGGGCAGGAUGGAGAAGUUGCGGCUCCUGGGCCUCCGCUACCAGGAGUACGUGACUCGUCACCCUGCCGCCACGGCCCAGCUGGAGACGGCGGUGCGGGGCCUCAGUUACCUGCUGGCAGGUGCCACCCUGACCUUUGACCCAUACCCUUCGGGGCCCUGACCUCUGACCCCACCGGUCCCUUUCUCUGCGGAGUCGUAGUGGUGACUGCUGUGCUUGGGAAGUCCCUUCCAGGUCGCUUCGCCGAUUCACACGAGCUGUCGGAGCUGGGUGAGCCGACCUCUGGGGUGGGUGGUGAUGGUCCAGGGCCCAGGAAAGCUCCCAGAGAGGGUCUUUGUCGGUUACAGCACCCUGAAUCGGACAAAAUGCUGUGUCCACUGUCUUGGGUCCCUCGUGUCCCCGUAGUGAAGAGACUUAUCUGGGGACUAUGACUGAGUGUUCACUGCCGGUCAGACGCUAGGCUAAGCACCUUUCCUGCCUUUGCCCGGUUAAACCUCCCUACAGUCCAGUGAGUGUACUCCGCCUCUAACCUGCUUGUGCUGCUCAAUGACGGGAUCCUACGGAAGGAGCUACAGAAAAAGUUGCCUGUGUCGCUGCCCCAGCAGAAGCUACUGACCUGGUUGAGCGUGCUGGAGUGUGUGGAGGUGUUCAUGGAGAUGGGGGCCACCAAGGUGUGGGGUGAAGUGGGCCGCUGGCUCGUCAUUGCCCUCAUCCAGCUGGCCAAGGCUGUGCUGCGGAUGUUUCUGCUGAUCUGGUUCAAGGCUGGCCUCCAGACCUCACCCCCCAUCAUUCCCCUGGACAGGGAGACCCAGGCGCGGCCCCCAGAUGGUGACCCCAGCCCUGGCAGCCAGGAGCAGCCCUAUGUGGGGAAGCGGUCAAACCGAGUGGUGCGAACCCUCCAGAACAGUAAGUGUAGGACGCAGCUGGACUGGGCGCCCAGUGCUGAGGUCAGUGUGGGCCUGAGGGUUGGCUCCUAUCACUGCCCUCAUUCCCCCUGCCGGCCUGGGCCUGGCUCCCUCAUCCACAGCCCUUGUGUUCCAGCCCCGUCCCUGCACUCCAGGCGCUGGGGCGCCCCCCAGCAGCGGGAGGGCCAGCAGCAGCAUCAGCAGCAGCAGCACCAGGAGCUGAGCGUCACCCCCGCCCCACUGGGACUGCAGGAGACGAUCGCAGAAUCCUUGUAUAUUGCCCGGCCCCUGCUGCACUUGCUCAGCCUGGGCCUCUGGGGCCAGCGAUCGUGGAAGCCCUGGCUCCUGUCUGGUGUUGUAGACGUGACCAGCCUGAGCCUCCUGAGCGACAGGAAAGGCCUGAGCCGGCGAGAGCGGCUGGAGCUGAGACGCCGGACCAUCCUGCUACUCUACUACCUGCUGCGCUCUCCCUUCUAUGACCACUUCUCUGAGGCCAAGAUCCUCUUCCUGCUCCAGCUGCUGGCAGACCACGUCCCUGGCACUGGCCUGGUCACAAGGCCACUCAUGGAUUACUUGCCUAUCUGGCAGAAAAUUUAUUUCUACAGUUGGGGCUGACAGAUGUCCUGUGGUAGGGUGUCAGGAGGGGCGGGGCAGCAUGGUCUGCUGCCAUGGGCCAGGGUGGCACAGCCCUCGGUCCCCUGGCCCCUCUUCCCUAAUAAAACUGACUCUGGCCAUUUCCAAGCAUGUGGCCUCUCUAUGCCCAUGCCCAGGGCACCUGGCUCGGCUCUGCUGACAGCCCCGAUCCCCACAAGUACUCCCCAGUGCCCUCGUGACUUUGAAUAGCCUCUCCAGCGAUGGAGUACCACAGCCCACACUGUCACUAUGUCAUGAAACCGCCACCAGGACUGGGACCGAGUUUCCUUGAGCCACCGAAAGCUAUUUCACAGCCCCAAGGCCCUGUCGAACCUGGGAAAUGGAGCCCCUCGCCUUGGCAGCUGCAGGGGCAGAGUGCUGUCUCUCACCAGUUCCUGCUGGAAACAGACAAGACUGAACCUGGACAAUGGGGUGACAGCUUCCCAGUGUGUCUUCUGCCCAGAGUCUUUGCUGCCCCUUCCUUCUGCAGGGCCUGUGACUCCUGCAGCCCCAGGCCGUGGCUGCUGGCCGACUCCUUGGUACAGCCUCGUCGAUGGGCCCAGCUCCAGUGCAGAGGGGCACCACAAGGCAGACAGUCACCUCUGCCCCACCACCCCCAGUCCAGACUGUUUUUGUACACUGCUAUUUGUUGCAGUGCCCCACACAUUGUCAACUAAUGCACGCAAAGUUGCACCUAACCCCUAGGUGAAAGCAAGAUGCGUUUUCCCAUAGGAAAGACUGUCAAGCACCAGCCAGUCCUGGGGCCGAUGUUGGGGAGGGACUGGGAGCCUGAGUGGCUCUAGAAGAAAGCUGGGUGCAGGUUCAGAGGGGAUGAGCAGGCGUCUCCCGCCCUCACUCUGCGGCUCUCUGCUUCCUCAUAGCCAAGUCUGCCUGGAGCUGUGCAGGCUGCUGUGAGGGUGGAGGUGCCUAGGUCAGGCCGGGCAGCAGGCCAGCUGCUUCCUGUCCCAUCCUUCCCUGUCUGCCCCCACUGCCCCUGCUCCCUCUGCUCUGUAGAGAACCAUAUUUUUCCUGCUGGAGUUUCUAUCCAGCCCAGUGCACCUUCAAUCAUGAGGGCUCAGUGCCUUACUUGGUGCUGGGGCAUCAUUCUGCAUGUCCAUGCCUCACCCUCCCCAACAUACCCUGGGUGGAGAGCCCCCGCCUGGGAGGUGCCAGCUCUGCUCUUAUAUUGCUUUCCCCACCCCAGUCCUGGGCUGGGAAAUGAAUAUGCUGACCCACAGGGUAGGGGCAAGGGCUGGACACUGCACCAGGACCAGAGCUCUGGGCCCCCUGGCCUCUGCUAAGUUGAACCAGUGUUGCUGGGUACUUGCUCUGUAGCGAGCCCUGUGCCAGGUGCUGUGCACUCAGAAAUGAGUACAGUGCAGUUAGUUGCCCUCAGGCUUUCAUCGAUUAACGGAGGAGACAUGUAAAUGCAUGCAGUGCGUGGGUGGGUGGUUGCAGUAGAAAUGUGUGCAAAAACUGCACUGGGGGUGGUAGGGACUGUGUGCCUGGAGACGGGUGCAUGGGAGUGACUGGACGAUCAGGGAAGGCUCCACGCAAUGCAGGCUUUUCAAGGAUAAACAGUGCUCAAUAGGCAGAGGGGAGCGAGGUUCUGGGUGGGGAAUCAUGACCCGCGGUGUCACAGGGAAGUGUGAGGGGCUGUAGUGGCAGGAGCCGAGGGGAUGAGGCUGCAGAAGAAUGUCAGGGCCACACUGAAAGCAUUGCAUGUCCAGGCCUGUUUUUAAACAUCAUUCCCGCAACCUGGUGGUGGGUGGAGCUGGGGGGACAUGAGCAGUGACAGUCGGGGCAGAGACCUGUGGCAGUCAAAGGGUUGAAUUAAGGCAGUGGCAGUGGGGCUAGGGAGAUAAGGAUGUAACUGAAACAGCCCUUGGGGACUGGCUGCGGACUGAAAGCGUCUAGGAGGCAAGAAGACCCAAAGACAAGGGGCUUUGGAGUGAAGCAGAGCAUGAACUUCUGGGUUCAUGGUGGGGUGAACCACAGUGGGGGCAGAGGGCACAAAGGCAGGCUCAUGGGAGGUGAGCUGUGAGAAGUUAGUCUGUGGGCUCACAGCGCAGGAGAGGACUGGGCUGAAGGAAACCCCAGAACUUGUCAGCUUCUAGGGAUAUUCAACCAGGAGUGUGAAUGCUGCCACCCAUGGGGAGCCAGAGUGGGAAACAAGGCACCUCCCUCUCUGGGCCUUGAGCACGACUCGAAAAGGACAGGGCAGCCAGUAGGUCCACUGUUUUUGUAGAAGUGCCUGGGUAGCAAUUA